AUGACAGACUCGCCACCACCCACAGAGCCCCGAGCUCGCUCAAAGUCACCCGCUCCCAGAGACAGAGAUGACCGAAAGGGUCGCGACGACUCAUUCCGCGAAAACAGUGAACGUCGCCAGCGCCGAGACCGUAGCUGGUCGCGCGACCGGAACCAGAACCGCGACCGCAGAGAUUCUCCUCCACGCAGACCCAGGGACCGAUCAAGGUCGCCAGCUCGAAGGCCAAGAGGCUCGGGCGGCUUUAAAUGGAAGGGAGAGCGCCGAGAUAACGAUAGAAACCGCGACUUUCGCAGACGGUCGCCGCAGCGACGUGGGGAUCGUGACGGUGGCAGGGAUCGCAACUACCGUCGGGAUGACCGUGACGGGGAUCGCGCUGGACGGGAUAGGCCUCGGGACGGCGACAGAGAUCAGCGGAGAGAGAGGAAGGACAAGAAAGAAGAGAAGCCCAAGCCUGCUGUUGCGCAGGGAGGCGAGGAGAUGAUCAUCGUCAACGUCAACGACCGUCUCGGCACAAAGGCUGCAGUGCCAUGCUUGGAAUCAGAUACCGUGGGCCAGUUGAAGCUCAUGGUAGCUGCCCGAAUUGGUCGCGACCCUGGUCAGAUUAUCUUGAAGCGACAGAGUGAGAGGCCAUUUAAGGACCACAUCACUCUUGGUGAUUAUGGCAUUUCAAACGGUGUGCAGCUGGAUCUGGAGAUUGAUACCCGGGACUAA